GUUCCUUAAACAGCCACAUGACCCGGAAGUCAAUAAUAUCUGUCUUGACACGUAGGUAGCUAGCCGAGCUGGCUGUGUUCUUCAGUGUUCUGCACCAACUGUUAAAGGGCCGCUCACCAUGUCCGGGUUUGAGAGUUUCAACACAGACUUCUACCAGUCUCCUUACAGUGUAGACGACCAGAACCAAGGCACUUACAACUACGGCAAUGCAGAAGAUCCAUACAACAAGCAGUACGGUCAGUACGACUAUUCCCAGCAGAUAGGCUAUGGCGCGCCGCCCAUGAUGCAGCCUCAGCAGCCUUACACAGGACAGAUCUAUCAGCCCACGCCUGCCUUCACACCGACUUCCUCACAGUCCAUGUACAGCAGCAGCUUUGAGGAUGAGCCGCCACUGCUGGAGGAGUUGGGAAUCAACUUUGACCACAUCUGGCAGAAGACGCUAACGGUGCUGCAUCCCAUGAAGGCAGCAGAUGGCAGCAUAAUGAAUGAAACGGAUCUGGCCGGUCCCAUGGUGUUCUGCCUGGCCUUCGGGGCUACGCUGCUGCUCACGGGUAAGAUCCAGUUCGGCUACGUGUACGGGAUUAGCGCCAUCGGCUGCCUGGGCAUGUACUGCCUCCUGAACCUCAUGAGCAUGACGGGCGUCUCGUUCGGCUGCGUAGCCAGCGUCCUGGGGUACUGUCUGCUACCCAUGAUUCUCCUCUCCAGCUUCGGCGUGCUCUUCUCCUUACAGGGCUUGCUGGGGAUCAUUUUAACGGCCGCCAUCAUCGGCUGGUGCAGCUUUUCUGCCUCCAAGAUCUUCAUAUCUGCCCUGGCGAUGGAUGGCCAGCAGCUGCUGGUGGCUUACCCCUGCGCUCUGCUCUAUGGAGUUUUCGCCCUCAUCUCCGUAUUCUGAACUUUACAGGACAAGGCGCACCGACACACUUUUAAUCUUAACCAACAGCCACUUUGGAACAAAGUGCGCAGACCAAGCCACGAUCCGGCCAGGCCAAGAACCUCCUCACAAAUUUAGCACAUUCCCUCUUUAAACAGUUAUUCUCUCUCUCUGUCUCUCUCUCUCUUUCUCUCUCUCUCUGUCUCUCUCUCUGUCUGUGUCUCUCGCUUUCUCUGUCUCUGUCUCUCUCUCUCUCUCUCUCUCUCUCUCUCUCUCUCUCUCUCUCUC